GUUGAGAAGACGACCGACUCCCCAGCGGCUGAGUUCUCGCUGGUGGAGGACGUGGCGCUGCACUUCGCCUGCUUGAUGGGCCGCCUGAAUGAGCAGCGCCUCUUCCAGCCCGACCUCUGCGACGUGGACCUGGUGCUGGUGCCCCAGCGCAGCGUCUUCCCGGCACACAAGGGCGUGCUGGCCGCCUACAGCCAGUUCUUCCACUCGCUCUUCACGCAGAACAAGCAGCUGCAGCGUGUGGAGCUGUCCCUGGAGGCGCUGGCACCCGGUGGCCUGCAGCAGAUCCUCAACUUCAUCUACACGUCCAAGCUGCUGGUCAACGCGGCCAACGUGCAUGAGGUGCUCAGUGCCGCCUCACUGCUGCAGAUGGCUGACAUCGCCGCGUCCUGCCAGGAGCUGCUGGACGCCCGCUCCCUAGGCCCACCGGGCCCCGGCACUGUGUCCCUGGCCCAGCCAGCCGCCAGCUGUACCCCAGCCGCGCCACCCUACUACUGUGACAUCAAACAGGAGACUGACACCCCGGGUCUGCCCAAGAUCUAUGCCCGCGAGGGCCCUGACCCCUACUCAGUGCGUGUCGAGGACGGGGCAGGGACUGCUGGUGGCACAGUGCCUGCCACCACUGGGCCAGCCCAGCCCUUCUUCAAGGAGGAGAAGGAAGGUGGUGUUGAGGAGGCUGGCGGGGCCCAGGCCGGCUUGUGCAAGCUGGAGGGUGGGGAGGAUUUGGAGGAAGAGCUUGGGUCUUCCGGCACCUACAGCCGCCGUGAGCAGUCCCAGAUCAUUGUGGAGGUGAACCUCAACAACCAGACACUGCACGUGUCCACGGGGCCCGAGGGGAAGCCGGGUGCUGGAACGAGCCCAGCCACCAUGGUGCUGGGCCGGGAGGACAGGCUGCAGAGACACUCGGAGGACGAGGAGGAGGACGAGGAGGAGGAGGAGGAAGAAGAAGAGGAGGGCGGUGGCAGUGGAGGGGAGGAGGAGGAGGAGGAGGAAGGAGAAGAGGAGGAAGAGGCUGGCAGUCAGGGGGAGGAGGAAGAGGAGGAGGAGGAAGGGCACAGCGGGCAGGAGGAGGAGGAGGAGGAAGAGGAGGAAGGGCAGCAUAGUGAGCAGGAUCAAGAGAGCUCAGAGGAGGAGGAGGAGGAGGGGGAGGCCGGAGGCAGGCAGGGGCCAGUGGGGCACCAGAGCAGCCGGGCAGACCCCCCUCCCCAUGGCCGCAUGGCCACGCGGUCACGGGAGAAUGCCCGGCGCCGGGACACCCCAGAGCCUGAGGAGGCUGGGCGGAGGGGUGGGAAGCGGCUGAAGCCGCCCCCCGGGGUAGCCACUGCACCAGCCCGUGGGCCGCCAGCCACUGAUGGGCUGGGGGCCAAGGUGAAGCUGGAGGAGAAGCAGCACCACCCUUGCCAGAAGUGCCCACGAGUUUUCAACAACCGCUGGUACCUGGAGAAGCACAUGAAUGUGACCCACAGCCGAAUGCAGAUCUGCGACCAGUGUGGCAAGCGCUUCCUGCUGGAGAGUGAGCUGCUGCUGCACAGGCAGACAGACUGCGAGCGCAACAUCCAGUGUGUGACAUGUGGCAAAGCUUUCAAGAAGCUCUGGUCCCUCCACGAGCACAACAAGAUUGUGCAUGGCUACGCAGAGAAGAAGUUCUCAUGCGAGAUCUGUGAGAAGAAGUUCUACACCAUGGCCCAUGUGCGCAAGCACAUGGUUGCCCACACUAAGGACAUGCCCUUCACCUGCGAGACCUGCGGGAAGUCCUUCAAGCGCAGUAUGUCCCUCAAGGUGCACUCACUGCAGCACUCCGGGGAGAAGCCGUUCAGAUGUGAGAACUGCAACGAGCGCUUCCAGUACAAGUACCAGCUGCGGUCACACAUGAGCAUCCACAUUGGCCACAAGCAGUUCAUGUGCCAGUGGUGCGGCAAGGACUUCAACAUGAAGCAGUACUUUGACGAGCACAUGAAGACACACACAGGGGAGAAGCCGUACAUCUGCGAGAUCUGCGGCAAGAGCUUCACCAGCCGGCCCAACAUGAAGCGGCACCGGCGCACGCACACGGGCGAGAAGCCGUACCCGUGCGACGUCUGCGGCCAGCGCUUCCGCUUCUCCAACAUGCUCAAGGCCCACAAGGAGAAGUGCUUCCGCGUCAGCCAUCCGCUGGCCGGCGACAGCGGCCCCCCCGCCCCGGGCCUGCCCCCCGCCCCGCCGCAGGCGCACGCACUGCCCCUGCUCCCGGGGCUGCCCCAGACCCUGCCGCCCCCGCCCCACCUGCCGCCGCCGCCCCCGCUCUUCCCCAGCACUGCCAACGCGGCGGGCGGGCGGAUGAGCGCCGGCAACUGA